AAAGGGUAGGUUGUGUCAUUCAGAGCCGUAGAGUCGCAGGAAUAACCAUUAGUAGGAAUUUAUCAGGAGCAAAAAGUCACUUUUCCUGGUUUAUUUCAACCUUCCUGGAAUUGAUAAAGUCAGAGGAACUCAGUCGGUCUUUAAAGGCAGUCUUAAAAUGUUGCCUUUCCGCUCUUCGGCGGCUGUCUGGGAGCUGCUCCAGAGCCCGCUGAGGUUGUCGCUCAGAGCCGCGCUGAGAGGUCCGUUCAGCGGGUGGGCAGCCCCGCAGCCCGCCGGCAGGGAGGGCGGAUUCCGGGGCUUCUGCAGCCCGGUUCAGGGCCACAGCGAUGCGGGCAGCGAGACCUCCGCGGACAAGAAGGCUGGCAUCCUACCCAGCCUGGAGGACCUGCUCUUCUACACCAUCGCCGAGGGACAGGAGAAGAUCCCUGCGCACAAGUUCACCACGGCUCUUAAAGCCACGGGGCUUCGGACAGGAGACCCUCGGCUCAGAGAAUGCAUGGAGAUGCUGAAGGUGACUGUAAAGACCACCUCAGACGGAGCGCUGGACCGACACCUCUUCAAGAAAUGUGUGCAGAGCAACAUUGUCCUGCUCACCCAGGCCUUCAGGAAGAAGUUUGUCAUCCCGGACUUCCAGUCGUUCUGCGCCCACAUCGAUGAGCUCUACGACAAAGCCAAAAACAUGUCCGGAGGGCAGGUGGCAGACUACAUUCCUCAGCUGGCUCGCUUCAGCCCCGACCUUUGGAGCGUCGCUCUGUGCACCGUCGACGGCCAGCGGCACACGGUGGGAGACACCAAGGUCCCCUUCUGCCUGCAGUCGUGUGUGAAGCCGCUGAAAUACGCCAUCGCCGUCCACGACCACGGCACGGAGUACGUGCACCGCUUCAUCGGCAAAGAGCCCAGCGGCCUGAGGUUCAACAAGCUCUUCCUGAACGAGGAAGAUAAACCCCACAACCCCAUGGUUAACGCUGGAGCCAUUGUCUGCACCUCCCUGAUCAAGCAAGGAGCCAGCAACGCCGAGAAGUUCGACUAUGUGAUGAACUUCAUGAACAAACUUGCAGGAAACGAGUACGUGGGUUUCAGCAACGCCACGUUCCAGUCGGAGCGCGAGUCUGGAGACAGGAACUUUGCCAUCGGCUACUACCUGAAGGAGAAGAAGUGCUUCCCUGAAGGAACCGACAUGACGUCCAUCCUGGACUUCUACUUCCAGCUCUGCUCCAUCGAGGUGACCUGUGAGAGCGCCAGCGUCAUGGCGGCGACGCUGGCCAAUGGCGGCUUCUGUCCAAUCACAGGCGAGCGCGUGCUGAGCCCCGAGGCGGUCCGGAACACGCUGAGUCUGAUGCACUCCUGCGGCAUGUACGACUUCUCCGGGCAGUUCGCCUUCCACGUCGGUCUUCCGGCCAAAUCCGGAGUGGCUGGUGGGAUUCUGCUGGUGGUUCCCAACGUGAUGGGCAUCAUGUGCUGGUCUCCUCCUCUGGACAAACUGGGAAACAGCGUGAGAGGAAUCCAGUUCUGCACGGAUCUCGUUUCCCUCUUCAACUUCCACAACUACGACAACCUGAGGCACUUCGCCAAGAAGCAUGACCCUCGGCGGGAAGGCGGAGACCAGAGGGUGAAGUCCGUCAUCAACCUGCUGUUCGCUGCGUACACCGGAGACGUGUCGGCGCUGCGCAGGUUCGCCCUGUCCUCCAUGGACAUGGAGCAGAGGGACUACGACUCCAGGACGGCGCUGCAUGUGGCUGCAGCUGAAGGUCACGCUGAGGUGGUCCGCUUCCUGCUGGAGGCCUGUAAGGUCAACCCGGUGCCCAAAGACAGGUGGGGCAACACGCCUAUGGACGAGGCGGUGCACUUCGGCCAUCACGACGUGGUGACCAUCCUCAAAGAUUACCACACCAAGUACAGCCCUCAGGACAGCGCCGCCGAGAAGCAGAGCGCUGAGAAGAACCUGGACGGGAUGCUGUGA